AUCAAUUUCGUUUUGUCCCUUAUCUCCACGUGCUUUUUAAAUUUCUUUUGCUCCUUCUUCUUUUAGAAAAUUUAUUCAAGAAAGUAUAUUUAAAAUUUAAGUGUUUAACCCUGAUAAUACAGUAAAGUAUCCCACUGAAGCUGAAGCUUGUGAGGAGGAGUUACAAACCUUCAGGGAAAACGACAUAAGGAUCAGAUUGGAGAGUGCUGAAAGAGGGCUGAGUCCUGAAAUAUUCAGCGUUAUGUAUGAUUUGGAUAGAACAGAAUCCUCCAUUCCAGCAAAAUGUCCAGAUUGAUACUGAGUCUACUUAUCCCCUGCACCAUGAAAAAAGUGGAAGAUUCAAGAGUUCAUGUGUCUACUGAGGUGUCAAUCUUACCACAUUGAGGUUCUCAACUGUUGAAGUGAUUCAACGAUUGGCAAGAACUCUACUCGAUACGGCCUGUCAGCAGAUUUCUGGUUUGUAUAAACUCAAUUACUUUCAAAUCUUGGAUCACCUUCUGCUUGGCGUGCUAUUCCUCCAAGCCUUGAUCUGUCAACGGAUCUGUUAACUUGUGCACAAUGCCGAGUGGUCUGCUAUAUUCUUUAUGCCGUGCUGUGAACCGAGGUGAUCUUGGAACAGUGAAAAACUUGUUCAGCGUAUUUGGGUUCAACUGGCAAGAGCUGGCAGGAGGAUACUUAUUGGUCUGUACUGCUGCUGAGCAAGGAUUCACUGAUAUUGUAAAGUUCCUAAUUGAGAAUGGUGCAGAAGUAAAGGAUUUUAUCAAAGCUUUUGAAAAUACACCCUUACAUUUUGCUGUUCUAAAUAACAAAUUAGAACUGAUCAAAAUUUUACUAGAUAAAGGAGUUUCCAUUGAUGAAAAAAAUCAACACUGUCAAACCCCUUUGCUCAUAGCAAUAGAGAAAGGAUUUGUGGAAAUUGCAAAAUUCCUAGUAAAGAAUGGUGCACAGGUAAAUGCUGCAAAUAAUGGUAAUUCAGAUACACCUCUACAUUUUGCUGUUCAACACAAUAGUUCAGAAUUGGUUGAAAUGCUUGUCAAAUGUGCCGUCGUUGAUGCAAUGAAUGAGAAGCAUCAAACUCCUUUGCUUUUAGCAGCGGAGAAAGGAUAUGUGGAAAUUGCAAAACUCCUUUUAAUGAAUGGUGCACAGGUCAAUGGUACUAACGUCAGUGAUAGAGAUACGCCCUUACAUUUGGCAGUCCAAAAUAACUGUAUUGAACUGGUUGAAAUUUUGCUGGAGCAAGGUGCACUUAUUGACGCAAGGAACGGAGAGCGUCAAACUUCCUUGCACAUAGCAACGGAGAAAGGAAAUGAAAAUUGCAUGCUCUUAUUGCUGAGGAAAGGUGCAUAUGUUGAUCCCAUAGCUCGAUUUGGCGAGACGCCUCUGCGGAUUGCUGUCAAAAAACAGUCCUUAAGUUCAGUAGAAUGUAUCCUAAAAUUUUGCCCGAAUCUGAACAAAAAUAUCUACAAAACAAUCCUGAAGACAGCUAUGUGCGGUGAAAGUAGAGAAAUUGUCAGUCGACUAAUCCAAUACGGUUUUUCUCUGUCUCAAGCUGACGUACAUGAUUGUGGUCUCCUCCAUGCUACUGUUGAGAAAAAUCAGCUCCAACUUGUCAAGUUCCUGUUGAAUCACGGUGCUGAUCCCAACUGCCUUUAUAAGGGUAAUACUCCUUUGCAUUCUGCUGUCCGAAAUGGGAACAUAGAGAUCGUGCAAUUGCUUCUAAAAGCAAAUUGCCGAGUGAAUGCUGUUGACACAUUUGGAAAAACACCACUCUACUAUUCCAUUGAUUAUUCCAAAAAAGACAAAGGCUUAGAGAUGCUAAAAUUGCUCCUUGCUAGUGGUGCCAAAAUUAAUUCCAAGAAGUUACUGCACGAUGCCGUCAAAUAUGAGUGCUUUGAGAUUUGUGAAGUACUCACUAAUAAUGGUGCUAAUCCCAACUACUCUAGAGAUGGACACUUGCCAUUACAUUCUGCAAUCAAAAGUGGACGUACCAAUAUUGUCAAGUUACUUCUUGAUGCCAAGAGCAAUGUGGAUGCUGUUGAUGAAUCAGGAAAAACACCCAUUGACUACUCUGUGGAACACGCCAAAAAUGAAAAUGGCACUGAGAUUUUCAAACUUCUCUUAGCCAAUGGUGCUACAGUCGAUAAAAGUUUGCUACACAAUGUCGUAAAAAAUGAGUGCUUUGAGAUCUGUGAAGUUCUCAUUAAUAACGGAUGCGAUGUUAAUGCAUUAGAUGAGCAUUACAGAACUCCGCUGCUUUACACAGCUUACCCACACUCCUCUUACUUUACUAACAAGGAACUUAAUCCUGAUGAAACUUAUCGUAUACAAAUUGCAGAACUUCUGUUAAAUAGUGGAGCUGAUGUAAAUGCCAAGUGCAAACGGGAUGAAACUGCACUUCAUUUUGCCACUCAGUUUGGGUUUGAAAGGCUUGUAUGGUUCCUCCUCCAGAAUGGAGCAGACGUGAACUCAUUUGAUAAAUUAGGUAAUACAGCCUUAACUUUUGCUGUGGACAGAGGUUAUACGAACAUUUUGAAAGCUCUGAUUAUUCAUGGGGCAGAUGUGAAUGCAGUUAAUCCUUACAUGGAUCUUACACCAUUGCAUGAAGCUGCAAUCAGCUGGCGUGGUAUUGCUGAGACAGUUGAAAUUCUUCUAGAACACGGAGCAGAUAUUCACAAAGUUACAGAUAAUGAUGAGACAGCUCUGCACCUAGCAUCUGAGAGGGCACAUGCUGCUGUUUUAGAUGUUCUUUUAAAAAAUGGUGCAGAUGUGAAUGCCUUGAAUGGAGAUGGUCUAACCGCAUUGCACGUUGUUGGAAGAGAGGAACAUGAUGUUCCCUAUGAUGCUGUCAGGGUACUCCUGAAGCAUGGAGCAGAUGUCAAUUGUCGCUCACCGUCGGGGGAAACACCAUUGCACAUGUCAGUGCAGCGCUGGGCAAAAAGGCACAAAAAAGUUUUGAGACUUCUGUUGGAGAGUGGUGCUGAUGUAAACGCAGCUUGUAAUAAAGGCAUGACACCAUUGCACAUUGCCGCAGGAGGUAAAGGCUUGGAGGACCGAGUAAAAUUAGUAAAACUUCUUUUAAAAUAUAAAGCAGAUGUCAACAAAAAGAAUGUUGCCGGUGAAACUGCACUGCAUCGGGCCUCUUGGAAAGGACAUCAUCAUGUUGAAGAAGUCCUUCUCUCAAAGGGAGCAGAUAUAAACCUACUAAACAAUUUAGGACAGACUGCACUUGAUCUUACUCAUGAUGAAAACAUAUUUUUAUCUUCAAGUUUUGAUUCUAUCGAUGGUUGUCCAGAGCUAAGUAGAGAAAGUCUGCAGUAUCAUGCAAUUAUGUUAAAAACUGCCGGAUUUUUUGUGUGCCAAAAUAAUCUGAAAUGGAUUGAAGACAGUGAUAAUGAUUUUUUAGUCAAUAUUAAAUAUUUUUGUGAGAAAGAAGUUGCCAUGAUGAAAAGCCAUAAACUAUGCUGCCAUCUAUCUUUAUUUGAUUUUUUAGUUGGUAAUACAAAUCCACGAUGUUUUAAUGAUCAGAAUUUACAUGAGGCAUUAGACUCAGUUGACUUUCACAUGUAUAAUAUUUAUCGAGAUCUUCUCGUGCGUAAUAUAAGAGACAAUAAGCUGCGUUGGAAAUUACUCACUGCAGGGUUUGAUUGGUUUAUCAUCCUGAUCAAAACUGGGAACAUUCUUAACAAAAACAAAAUCGCAUUACUACCGCCAGAAUUAGUGGAAAAAGUGCUUGAGUAUUUGAAUAAUGAAAGCUUGAAUAGUUUGAUUCUUUGUGGUAAACAGGUAGAAAAACAAUUCAGAAAAUCAACAAUGUCAAUCACCUAUUGAAUGUACACUCGUCAAUUUUUUGCCCACAUUUAAACAACACAAUUUUAUUUAGUAAUCUACUCAGUUACCUGACUUUUUGUACCUACCUACGUUUGUUUUUUGUUUCUGUACCUAUAUUGCAAUAAUUUCUAGGAAUACGAAGUUUUGUUGAAGAAUAUGAAGUGAUAUUUUUGAUGGUCUAGGGAAGGUUGAUCUCACUGAAUACUUAUUUUUAGUACUUUUAUGCCACAGGGCUUUCAUUAAUAAUUUAAUAUUGUAUUUGGUUGCUGCCAACCGUCGGCUUACUGCUUUUAUUGUAGGUACUAAUUAAACCUAAAAUUAAUACUGAUAUAUACUUUAAGUCUAUGCUAAAAUUUGAUAUUGCUAAAGAAACGCCUCUAUAAGAGGUUACAAUCUAACAGUUUCUGUUUAAUAAAUAUUUUUCUUACACUA